AUGAGAAAUGGUAGUGAAGACGGAGAGCAAACAAUGGCUUUCCAAGACUUGCGAUGCCCAGUAGGCUUGACGAAAGAAAUACACGAACACCUGAUUUAUCUUUCAGCGUUCAACAUUUUCCUCUCCGUAAUAGCAUGUGUUGGGAAUACACUAAUUUUAGUUGCCCUUAGCAAAGAAUCUUCUCUUCAUCUGCCGUCUAAACUUUUGCUUCGUUGUUUAGCGACAACGGACCUGUGUGUUGGGAUCAUUGUGGAGCCACUUAAUAUUGCCUAUCUAAUGACGCUGGUUUACGAGGACUGGCACCUUUGUCGAUUCUUAGAAGCCGUGUCAUUUUUGGUCGGCUAUGUUGUGGCAGCAGUAUCUUUACUAACAUUGACUGGAAUAAGCGUAGAUCGACUUCUCGCGCUGUUGCUGGGUUCUAGUUACAAGCAAAUUGUAACCUGCAAGAGAACUUAUGUGGUCAUUGCAGCCAUUUGGGUGUUUUCCGGUGUUGUCACAGCAUCGUACCUAGAGAGUCAUCUUAUAACUUUUUGGUGCGGGCGUGUAACCAUAGCAUUAUGUAUCACAAUCUCCAUCAUCUCGUACGCAAAGAUCUUUUUUACACUACGGCGGCAUCAAAUGCGUGUUCAUACCACUGUGCAGCAACACCACCAACAGCAGUCAAAUCAUUAUUUUUCUCUAAACAUGCUGCGUUACAGAAAGGCAGUGUAUAGCGCACUGUGGAUUCAGUUGGCAUUAGUUGUCUGUUACCUACCAUACAGUAUCAUGACAGUUUUGAUUGGUAACAGAAGACCAUCUCCUUCGUAUUUUCUUGCCUGGUUGACAACGGUGACUCUGGUUUAUUUAAAUUCUUCGUUAAACCCGGUUCUUUACUGUUGGAAGAUAAGUGAAGUUAGACGAGUAGUGAAGGAAAUAAUAAGAAACGUAUUUUGUUCUACUUGA